CUGGCAAAAAAAGCGUGCAGAGGGAAAUGAGAUGAAGUGGUUUCAAGUGACCAUAGAUAUGAUUCUUGUGCUUUCAUUUAUAUCAAGCAGCACAGCGAAUCCGGAUGCGAAACGAUUGUACGACGAUUUGCUGAGCAACUACAACAAACUGGUACGACCGGUGGUCAAUGUGACGGACGCCCUCACCGUUCGCAUCAAGCUGAAGCUAUCGCAACUGAUCGAUGUCAAUCUGAAGAACCAGAUCAUGACCACCAACCUGUGGGUGGAGCAGUCCUGGUACGACUACAAGCUCAAGUGGGAGCCCAAGGAGUACGGCGGCGUCGAGAUGCUCCACGUGCCCUCCGAUCACAUCUGGCGUCCGGACAUCGUCCUCUACAACAACGCCGACGGCAACUUCGAGGUGACGCUGGCCACCAAGGCCACGCUGAAUUACACAGGACGCGUCGAGUGGCGACCGCCGGCGAUUUACAAGAGCUCCUGCGAAAUCGACGUGGAGUACUUUCCCUUCGACGAGCAGACCUGCGUCAUGAAGUUCGGCAGCUGGACAUACGAUGGAUUUCAGGUGGAUCUGCGGCACAUCGACGAGCUGAACGGCACCAAUGUCGUGGAGGUGGGCGUGGAUCUGUCCGAGUUCUACACGUCCGUCGAAUGGGAUAUCCUCGAAGUUCCUGCAGUGCGAAACGAGAAGUUCUACACGUGCUGCGAUGAGCCAUAUCUGGACAUCACCUUCAACAUCACGAUGCGGCGGAAGACGCUCUUCUACACCGUCAACCUGAUCAUUCCCUGCAUGGGCAUCAGCUUCCUCACCAUCCUCGUGUUCUACCUGCCAUCGGACAGUGGCGAGAAGGUCUCAUUAAGCAUAUCCAUUCUGCUGUCGCUCACUGUGUUCUUCCUGCUGCUGGCGGAAAUCAUUCCGCCCACAUCGCUGGUGGUGCCGCUGCUGGGAAAGUUUGUGCUCUUCACCAUGAUACUGGAUACCUUCAGCAUCUGUGUGACUGUGUUGGUGCUGAACAUCCACUUCCGGUCGCCGCAGACGCACACGAUGGCUCCGUGGGUGCGGACCGUGUUUAUCAACCAGCUGCCCCGCUUCCUGGUCAUGCGGCGUCCGCUCUAUCCGAUCAGCGAGAUGAUCAAAUCCUCGCGCCGCCUGAUGGUGCGCACGUGCAACGGACUCGAACUGAGGGAUCAAAUACCACCGCUGCCACCGCCGGUGGCCUUGUCUCGCAUGCACCACAGCCCGAAGACGACAUCGCGUAGCACCUCGCCGCACCUGCAGCACCGCGUGCAGACCUACAACCUGAUGGACGAGUGCGGCAUGGGCAUGGGCAUGGGCGGCGGUGCCUCCACCAUCACCGGCCAUUUGAGCUCCCUCUAUCCGCCGACCAUGUCGACGGCCAACCAACAGACCUCGACCACAUCCUCGCUGAUCGAUGCCCAGUACCACAAUCAGUACCAGCAGACGGGCGGCUCGCUGCUGGACCAUCCACUGACACCCACCAAGUUCCGCCAGAUGACCUCGACCUCCAGCCAGACGGGUCAGAAUGGCAGCGGGAACGGAACCGGUAACGGUAAUGGGAACGGGAACGGGAACGGUGGCUAUGGUGGGCAUGGCCAGAGUGGCGGCGGUCACCAUCUGUAUCGGCAGCAGUCGAGCUGCUCGGCGAACUUCUCGCCGCUGCCGCAGCACGCCCACCAGGCGCACGCCUCCACCACCACCAGUGAUCUGGGCAUGGCCAAUCCGAAUGUGAUAAAGUCGACGACGACGGUUAACUCGGUGGCCACCGCCUCGACGCUGGCGGACUCCUGCUGCAGCGGCACCAUCCAGAUUCAUCAGGGCAUGGGCGCCGGGGCCGCCUGCCAGUCGUCGGAGCUGCUGCAUCACCAGCAGCUGCACCACCAGCAGAUGCACCACCAGCAGCAGCAGCAGCAGCACCACCAGCGACCCACCACCUCGGCAGCGGCGGCGGCAGCGGCAGCCGCCGGCGGACCCAGCACCUCGGCAGCGGCAGCUGCAGCAGCGGCGGCAGCGGCAGCCGGAACGCCACCCCCACCGCCUCCGCCGGCGGGCGUCUGUGAUAUUCUGCCCGCCUGCCAGCGCGAGGGCGGGCCGCACUGCUGCUCGGGGCGUGGCAAUGUGCGCCAACGGUGGCACACCUGCCCGGAACUCCACAAGGCCAUGGACGGGGUCACCUACAUUGCGGAUCAGACGCGCAAGGAAGAGGAGAGCACAAGGGUGAAAGAGGACUGGAAGUACGUGGCCAUGGUGCUCGACCGCCUGUUCCUGUGGAUCUUCACAAUAGCCGUGGUCGUCGGCACCGCCGGCAUUAUCCUGCAGGCUCCGACGCUCUACGACACCCGGAUGCCCAUCGAUAUAAAGCUAUCGGAGAUCGCCUCGACGACGGCCAAGCCGAAUGUGGCCAGGCCCGUGUUGUAAGCGGAUCGAUAAUUAUCGGUUCGCUUAUCGAUCGAUAUCCAGAGAUAUUUCGGCGAAAACACAAACCACACACAGUCUGAAGGAGCAAAACACAAGUAAUGAAUGAAAUUCGCAUUUGUUUUUUCUUUAACCAAAGACGGAAGAUAGAAAACAAAAAAAAAACAAAACAAAAACAAAAUAGCAACAAAAAAGAAAAUAACCACAAAACUUGUUCCAGAAAAACAGAAACAGAAACGACGACGACAAGAAUCCAAGUAACUAUAACUAAUAAAUUGUAUUUGUUGUAUACAUAAAAGGUAUAACUAACUAUAAAUAAUUUGUACGCUAAUGUUUAAACAGGCAACGAUUGCUAAACAAAACGGUUUUUUUUCUAGGCAACCUAAAUGAACAGAGACAAAAUGAAAAGUGACGAAAAACAAAAAAAAAAAACACAAAAAAAAACAAACGAAUUAAUUAAGUAAACCAAUUCAACUGAAACGAAGCGCAAAAUAGUAUGCAACAGAUAAACAAAUACGAUUUAUGGUAAUAAUUGAGAGCGAAAUUGAAUUAGUGAAAUUAAAUUAGCCUAGCCAAACAUCAAGAAUAACGGGAAAAUAAAACAAAACAAAAAAAAGUGUAUUUGUUAAACAAGAAAGUGAGAAGAAGGAGGACAACAUUAGUUAGCUAAGCGAAUCAACAUAAAGGAACAGGAAAAAAGCCAACAAAAAAGGCAUGUGUGUGUACAAGUGUGUGUGUCUGCACUGAGCAAAAAUCGGAGGAGAAGGGAGAACAGGAAAUUUGCCAUUUAGAGCCUUUAAAUGCCAUUUAACUUGCAGAUUAAUUCCAACUUUUUAACGUAGUUACGUACAUAACAAUAGCUCACAGAAAGUUAACAAUGAACAUUUUGCCUUUAAAUCAAGACAAA